AUGAAUCAAGAUUAAUUCGAUAAUGAAGGAGAUCCACAACAAUAAUUCUUGGAUGCAUUUAAGGAGCUCUUGGAAGUUCAAAAUUAGAGGAUGUAUAAUGGGAAUGACAUGCUCAAUCAAUAUUGUCCUCAAUUACAAUACCCAGUUAUAUUGCCAACGCAAAUUCCAAACACUUUCAUCAUCAAUAUGGGUCCGUACUUGCCUCACAUUUAGUAACCCCAAAUUCAUCCACAGCAAACUCAAUAAGCAAGGAUGGCACCCCAAAUCCAACAGAAUUAAUUCCUUAAUCAUUAGAGCAUCAAAGAAGAAGAGCAUGAAGAGAAGAAAUAACCUAAGAAUUGGCUCUAAUAAAGGAAAUGA